AAGAUCUUUGUUGAAGGCAGAUUUGAAGAACUCUCAGAAAUCUCUCCUUUAGUCAGCAAGCAUGAUCUCAACUCACUAGCUGGCAUAAUCGUUGACAAAGCCGAAGGAGUUUUCCUCUGGGUUGGUGUUGUCCUAUCGGCUAUCGAACAAGGAGUACUGAAUGGCGAUGAGCUCCGAGACCUUAGACGUAAGGUAGCUGCCUUCCCGACAGAGUUAAAUGAUCUGUACCAACAUCUCUUCGAUUCAAUUGCCGACUAUGACCGUCAAAAGGCAUUCGAGUUUCUAAGUCUUACUUAUGACAUUGGUAUAACAAGACCUACACCUAUACUUCAGCAUAAAUUUCUAAACGACCUAUCGAUUGACCCAGAUAUUGCAAUCAAAUUACCCGUACAACCGUUACCAGAGGCUGAACUAUGAAGAAUUACAGAUAUCGCGAGGCGCCAGGUCAAUGGGUUAUGUAAAGGUUUCCUUGAAGUAGCCUCUAUACGAAAGGACGUGUAUAAAGACAUGGAGGGUGUAAGAUUCAUGCACACAACCGCCGUGGAGUUUCUUUCUAAACAUUCAAGACUCAUUAAAUCUCAUCUCAGCGGAAUCGACAUGAUGGAUCGAGCAUGCCAGUCAUUUCUCGCUUUUAUAAAGUCGAUAAGCAUCAACGAAUUUUACGUUCUAAAUUCCGAGGUUUCACGGGACGACCCCUUUCUAACGUCCGAAUUUAUACAUCGGCUCACACGCAUCAUGGAGAUUUUCAAAAAUGAUGCCUUUAGUUUCCACGACACAAAAUACAGUCCAAAGUCGAAGAGUCGAUUCCUUGGGUUUCUAGAUAAUGUUGAACGAAUCGCAAGUCAAGAGUUCCAAAAGGGAAUGGAAAGCACGCACCAAAUCCGGUUGUCUAAUCCGAUUACCACCGAAGACAAAUCCUACUAUAAAUCUUAUCCUAUAGCUGUAAUGUCUAUUUUAGAAUUACCAUCGGCUCAGCUCAUUGCCCUUCUAGCCGCGAAACAUCUGUUAUUCGAGUAUUUUGAUAAGGAUGGGCGAUGCGACCUUCGAACCCAGACUGACCCGGAAUUUAGGAAGCUAAUAACACAUGCUCUCUUAUCUGGGGUGUCUCAACGGCUACACAGUCCGAGAGUGUUCCAAAUGUUUGAGAUGAUUUUUAAGGCUGGGAUCUCUCCUAACACUCUGCUGUGUAAAGUAGAAUACUCUACUGAAACCAACGAUCAUGGUGACCUAUGGACUUGGUUGUUGAGACGACUGGUAUUUAUGGACCCGCAGGCAGCAUGUUUAUACCAGGGCAAAAACAAACAUGGGGGGCGGUUGCACUACCGGCUCAUCGAACUCUUCCUUCGGUACGGCGCCAGUGAAGACUUUACUUUGACCUUUGGUCCUUGCUACGAAGGAAUUGGCCCCAACCGACUUCUUGUGAGAGCCCACGCUGGUGAUUACAACUGUCAACGUACAACGCUUGACCUCCAAAUGUUCGACGACAUAUGUGUCGACUAUCAACUAGACAUUGUUGGCUUUGCAAGGGAAAGGGGUGGGGUCCUCACCCUGAGGGAUUUAUUUGCGUACUGGUUUCCGCAAGACUGUGGUCAUCUAUACGCUUUACUCGACAAGAGAUGCCCAACCUUAUUUGAGACGGAAGAUAUAAUUAAAUCUCGUGAUUCACCCUCGCCCGGAAUGCCGGUGGUGUUCCCAGAAGAACAUCGAUGCUUUGAACUAGGUGAGCACGGGGAAAUGUUCGAUCAGUUUGAUCCGCGAAAGGUGCCAGGCGGUUAUAGGCAAUGUCUUUCACAUUCCGAGAAGUGUUUCAGGGACUUCGAAGCGAAGCUUGAAAGCAAGGGAUUGGGACAUUUGUACAAAGUGCAACAUGAACGUACAUAGUACCUAUACAUAUCAACCUAGAUUAACCUACAAGAAGCUCGUCAA